AUGCAAUUGUCUAUGCGGAUGAUGUUCACACCAAAACAUCAAAAACUGGUCAAUCAAUGUUAUCCUACAGGAAGGACCACUGAUAAGAAGCCCAAGUCUUCGGAAACUUCAUAUUUGCUAUAUUAUGUUAAUUCAAGACGUAGCAAAUUGGAAAAAGUCAGCACUUACCUAAUUAAGCGCUCCACUUCUGACUUGAACCAUCGUCGCAUAGGGAACAUAGCUGUUACAUUAGAUUUGAUGAACAAAAUUGUUUUGCAUUGCAAGGAGAAUUUGAAUGUGUUUGUUAAAGACUUUUUGUAUAUUAUGAACAAAGUUCUUUCCAAUAACAAUUUCAACAAUGACGUAUCCGUGGUGGAAUUGGUAGAACUAGCUUUUAGCAGCAUAUGUCUGAACUUGGACGACGUCUUGUGUAAUGGUGAUAUGGAAUUCGUCCAGUUAUACCAGAAUUUUGUUGAUCUUUUUUUCAAAAUAGUUACUGAAAGAAUUCAUAAUGAUGAUAUGCUGCUGAAAUGCUGUAUCGAUAUAUCAAACACAAAUAGUGUUUCAAGUAACCCACAAUUACACCACUUUGUUUCAAAAUCUGUUGCGUAUACUAUUUCAAAGUUCCAAGAGAGAAAUCCGAAAUUCAAAACCUUGUCAUUGGAAGCAGCUGUGGAGAGUAAUUUAGGAAAAAGGCUAAGUCGAACACAAACUCGCACGAUUGGGUUGGAUAAGGCCGCUGAAGGCAAUCACGACCUUUCCGUAAGAGCCUUGCAAUCCUAUUUCAACACAACCGAAACAGAUAAAUUAAAUCUGUCCAUUCGCACUUUGUUGCACUGCCUGCAAAAUACGCCUAAUAAGGAACUGCUAGAGUUUAUAUGCAACGGUAUACCUGUUCAGCUACGAUAUAUUGUUAUUCUUCUUUUGGUUAGACAGCUAAGCGACAAGGAUAAAAAUGUGAAUCCGAUUGUUUCUUUGAAAUUGAUGUCAUCAUUACUUGUCUCAGAUGUCAGUAUAGUGGGCCUGAGUGUCCUUGAUAUAAUGAGGAAACUUUUAAAUUUCCAGUUGAAAAACACGAGUGAUAAAGAAGUUGUGGCACAGGCUUGUAUUACCAUGACAGACCUCAAUCAUAAAACUUAUUACGCUGAACAGACUUCAGACAUGUUAUACGAACUGCUACUUAAAUUGAAAAGUGACACUAUCAAGAAUGUUGAAAAGAAUGCAGUUGUGGAAGAUAUUGAUUUCCUCGUUGAACACAUUACACAGCCAAGUAUUAGUUUAGAACUAUUCAUCGACUUGGCCCAUUACAUGAAAAACCAUAUUAUAUGUUUAUUUACUAUUGUGGAAACUGAGGUUCCAAGCAACAUCGUCUUUUCAAAACUGUACUCAUUAUUACGUGAACUGGAUUCACAUGGUGUACAAAAAGGAAUGAUGGAAGGGAUUUUUGAUAAGUAUGGGAAAAUGGCACUAUUAUCCGGUUUACAUUAUUUUCUAGAGAACGUUUCUGAGCCUGAAUAUGCCUAUUAUUUGUACCAUUUACAGGCAGCUAACUUUUUAAAACUAAAUGACUAUAAGUCACAAACUGAGUACAAAAUGCAAACUAAAACGUUGUUUACCAAGGAAGAUUUGCUGUCCUACUAUUCUGAUACUGGUUCAAACAAAUACAGCAAGAAGGGGGCACAGAUAUUGUUGUCUCGUGAUAAUCAGAUAUCGACCUCUGAUUUACUGUCGGACCCUCAAGCUCGUGCUACACCCCUGGGGUACAGGACUGCCCACAAUGCCGUCCUUUCAAACGGAAAAACAGUUUCUAAUAAUAAUGAUUUUGCGGUCAAACAAAAUAAAUUCGAUAACAGCAUAGACGAUAAUAUAGACGAAGCUAAUGAUACCGUUAUUUCCGAUGCUAAUGCAAAAGGCAGUAUCUAUAGAUUUGUUGCUGAAGACGCAAGGUCGUGGAAAACAAUGAGGGCCACUGCGCCAAAAGUUAGCGAUCUGAAAAAAACAAUGAAUGAAAGGAAUAUUCCGAAUAAUAUGAAGAGGGAUGGCUCUUUUCGGGGUUCUCAAUCAGUGAAAUCUCGUGUCACUAAUAUCACAUUUUUGCUGAAUGAAUUAAAAACUUUUUCAGAGGACGCAAACAAAAUCAAAGAUCCUGAUGAGGAAAAUAUUGUUGGCUUGGAUAAAAUUGAUGUUGCUAGGUCAAAUUCUCUGCGACUCGCACCAAUAUCUAGUCUUUCUGAUCGUAGCAGCAUUGGAAAUAGAAAGUCCUUCUUGCAAAAGACAUCGGGCGGUGAAAACCAAGACGAUGGCUUUAAGGACGCAAACGAAGAUUUACAUUCUUUAAGUUCAAGAGGUAAGAUUUUUUCCUCAACUUGA